CUACGCGUGCGCGGUGGGCGGAGCGCAGCUCUCCUACCACCUUUGCCUGCCCAAGCCUUCCCAUCCUUGCUCUGCCGGUGUGGUGCUCGUGUUUCCGCACCUCGUCGCGGAGAGUCGCUGCCGAGUGGGCGCUCGGUGUUGGGGUCGUCAUGGCUGGUUACGAAUACGUGAGCCCGGAGCAGCUGGCUGGCUUUGAUAAGUACAAGUACAGUGCUGUGGAUACCAAUCCACUCUCUCUGUAUGUCAUGCAUCCAUUUUGGAAUACUAUAGUAAAGGUAUUUCCUACUUGGCUGGCUCCAAAUCUGAUAACCUUCUCUGGCUUUCUGCUGGUUGUGUUCAAUUUCCUACUUAUGGCAUACUUUGAUCCUGACUUUUAUGCUUCAGCACCGGGUCACAAGCAUGUACCCGACUGGGUUUGGAUUGUGGUGGGAAUCCUCAACUUCAUAGCCUACACUCUAGAUGGUGUGGAUGGAAAGCAGGCCCGGAGAACCAAUUCCAGCACCCCUUUAGGGGAGCUUUUUGACCAUGGCCUUGAUAGUUGGUCAUGUGUUUACUUUGUUGUGACUGUGUAUUCCAUCUUUGGACGAGGACCAUCUGGUGUCAGUGUUUUUGUUCUUUAUCUCCUACUAUGGGUAGUUUUGUUUUCUUUUAUCCUGUCCCACUGGGAAAAGUAUAAUACAGGGAUUCUUUUCCUGCCGUGGGGAUAUGACAUUAGCCAGGUGACUAUAUCUUUUGUCUACAUAGUGACUGCGAUUGUGGGAGUUGAGGCCUGGUAUGAACCUUUCCUGUUUAAUUUCUUAUAUAGAGACCUAUUCACUGCAAUGAUUAUUGGCUGUGCAUUAUGUGUGACUCUUCCGAUGAGUUUAUUGAACUUUUUCAGAAGCUAUAAAAAUAACACCUUGAAACACAAUUCAGUCUAUGAAGCUAUGGUUCCCUUUUUUUCUCCAUGUUUGCUCUUCAUUUUGUCUACAGCAUGGAUCCUUCAGUCACCUUCAGAUAUUUUAGAGAUACAUCCUAGACUAUUCUACUUUAUGGUUGGAACAGCCUUUGCCAACAUCACAUGUCAGCUGAUUGUUUGUCAAAUGAGCAGUACUCGGUGCCCAACUUUGAAUUGGUUGCUGGUUCCUCUUUUCUUGGUUGUCCUGGUGGUAAACUUAGGAGUAGCCUCUUACGUUGAGAGCAUUCUCCUGUAUACCUUAACAGCUGUUUUCACUCUGGCCCACAUCCAUUAUGGAGUACGAGUGGUAAAGCAGCUGAGCAACCAUUUUCAGAUUUAUCCCUUCUCAUUGAGGAAACCAAACUCGGAUUGACUAGGAACGGAAGAAAAGAGUAUUGGCCUGUAAUCUACAGAAGGAAGUACUGUAAAUAAGAUGCUUGUAAAUAUUUCAUCCAUCACCAUUGAACUAAACUGAUCUGCUUAACAGACACGGGAACUCAGUGUGUAUGGUACUUGGACAAAUGAUCUGAAUUUACGAAAUUUUGGACCUACUAAUUCCCAACUUACUUUUUAUAAAACUGUGUGGCAUUUUGGUUAGGCAUAAUGUACUUUAGACCAGCAAAAUGUUUCUAGUGAUGUUAGCUUCAUGAGUCCAUGAUGUUUUGGUUCGUACAGAGUUAAAGAUGCUUUGUUUUUAUUUUUAGAGCCCCCAGAUUGGUUUAGGAACACUGAUAACAUUAAGAAAACCACAAGAUGUUUUCAUAUUUGAUACUGUUUCAGUGGUAGGUCUUCCGCUAUGGAAGUUAUCAAUAGCCCAAAUCUAAUACGGGGAAAAGAUAAGAGGAAGUUACUGUUAGCCGGAGAUGCCAAAUGAUUACAGAACAAUAUACAGUUGCCAAAUACUCAUUUCUCCUUCCCAUGGAAAUGCCUUUUGUCCUCAUGUGCUAAGAGAGCUAAUAUAUAUAUAUUUAGAUUCUCUAGUAUUCUGGCUCUCUUUCUUGGGAACAGAUCUUGACAAAUGGUUUAAUUUAAUUUAAUUAAAAAAAAAUUUUUUUAAGUUUAUUUACCUAGUUGGAGAGAGAGAGAGAAAGAGAGCACAAGCGGAGGAGGGGCAGAGAGAAGGAGAGACAGAAUCCCAAGCAGGCUC